AUGAGGAGCCAAAGCGCCGCGAGGAGGACACCAGGCGCGACGCAGAGGAGGAGGCGCGCCGCGAGGAGGAGAAGCGGCAGAAAAGCGCGGAGGAGGACAUCGAAGCGUCGAGGCGCCGAGGAGGAGGAGCGGGCCAAGCGCCGCGAGCGGAGCGAGAGCGCCAAGAAGCGCCGCGAGCGCGAGGAGGCGGACAGCAAGCGCAAGCGAACGGAGCGCGAGAAGGAGGACGACGAGGACGAAAGGGAGCGUCGGAAGCGAGAGCGCGAGAAGGAGGAGGCCGCGAAGCGGAAGCAGGUCGAGGAGGACCGGAGGAAGUUCGAGGAGGAGCUGCAGCGCAAGCGGGACGCGAAACGCAAAGAGGAGGAGGAACGCAAGAAGUCCGAGGCCGAGAAGCGAGACAGUGAGGCCAAGAAGAAGCGCGACGAGGAGGCCGAGAAGAAGAAGGAGGAAGACGAGAAGAAAAAGGCGCAGGACGAGAAGCAGGCUAAGGAGCUGAGCGCGGCAGAGGAGAUGCAGCGGGCCACCCUCGUCAUCCUGCGCCUUCUGCAGCAGCUCUCGAACGCUACCCCUGAGAACUUCGAGGACCUGAAGAAGGAGCUGGCCGACGCAAUGGACAAGGAGCUUCCCAAAACAGGUCACCAGAUGGAUACGCUGAAGGGAGAGGCCGAUCGGGUGCUAGCUUAUUCAACAGGAGUACGUCAAGCAGAUCGCCGAGCAACGCGAGAAGAUCGAGAAAAUCCGACUCGAGGCGCAGGCUAA